CAACAGUCAAUCCAUCUCCGACUCGUUCGACACUUCGCGUCGCACAAAAUAUUGCGAAAAAAAUUCUACCGAUCGAAUUGUCGAAAUAUCCCUCGUUAAUACACACUUCUCGCUACUUUUAAAUUUAUUUCAUUUUUUCGUUCGCGAAUUUGUUUCUCAUCGCGAUAAUCGUCAUGAGUGGAUCGGGAAAGAGUCUUCUCGGAGUGUGGUUGUACAGAAGAGGCAAGAACUGGGCUGUCAAAGAAGGAAGUCCGCUGCACAAACCGUGCGAUAUCGCAUUGGAAGAGAGCAAUCAAGCCAGUGACAACAAGAAUUCUGUAAUAUUCUCCUUGAAGAAUCAAGUCGGUGGCUUGGCACGAGCGCUUCAGGUGUUUCAGGAUUUAGGCAUAAACGUCGUGCACAUCGAAUCGAGAAAAUCCUUACGUCGAGGUUCCGAGUACGAUAUCCUCGUGGAUGUCGAGUGCGACUCGAAGAGGAUGGAACAGCUGAUGAAGAUGCUGAGUCGCGAAGUAGCGGCUAUCAAUCUCGCUCAUUACGAGAAAAUCGGUAGCAUACCGCGCGCACCUUCGCUCUCGGCUACGGCAAGUUUCGAUUUCAGUGAAGUGGACAUGCCGUGGUUCCCGCGAAAGAUAUCGGAUCUCGAUCGAGCGCAAAAGGUUCUCAUGUACGGCUCGGAAUUGGACGCGGAUCAUCCCGGCUUCAAAGAUCCAGUAUAUCGCAAACGUCGCGAAGAGUUUGCCGAUAUAGCCAACAAUUACAGGCAUGGCCAACCGAUACCAAGAGUGCAAUACACACCGGAGGAAAUCAAAACGUGGGGAACCGUGUUUCGUGAGCUUCAUCAACUUUAUCAAAAGCACGCGUGCAAAGAAUAUUUGGAAAAUUGGUCGAAGUUGGUCAAGUAUUGCGGAUACAGAGAAGACAACAUACCACAACUGCAAGAUGUUGACGCUUUCCUUAAGCGAACGACGGGAUUUCAACUUCGUCCAGUCGCGGGUUACCUCUCGCCGCGGGAUUUUCUCUCCGGACUCGCUUUUCGAGUGUUCCAUUGCACUCAGUACAUUCGACAUUCUUCCGAUCCAUUUUACACGCCGGAACCAGAUUGUUGCCACGAACUUCUGGGACAUAUGCCGCUUCUCGCCAAUCCGAGCUUUGCGCAAUUCUCUCAGGAACUUGGUCUGGCUUCUCUCGGCGCAUUGGACGAGGACAUAGACAAAUUGGCGACUCUGUAUUUCUUCACUGUGGAAUUUGGAUUGUGCAAACAAGACGGCACGUAUCGCGUCUACGGGGCUGGCCUGCUGUCAUCGGUGGCGGAAUUGCGGCACGCGGUGUCCGCGCCCGAGAAGACCAUGCGUUUCGAGCCGGAAAUCACGUGCAAACAAGAAUGCAUCAUCACCGCGUUCCAGAACGCGUAUUACUACACGGACAGUAUAGAGGAAGCAAAGGAAAAAAUGCGAGCAUUUGCUAAUCAGAUUGAACGACCGUUUGGAAUACGAUAUAAUCCGUACACCCAGUCGGUGGAGGUGCUGACGGACGCCCAGAAGAUCACGGCGGUGGUCAGCGAACUGCGGGGCGAUCUUUGCAUAGUAUCAAAUGCUCUGAAGAAGAUCCACGAGCAGGACGAUACGGUUGAUGUCGAACGAAUAACGAGUAUGCUGACGCACGGUAUCGAGAUACCGCAAGAUACUUCGUCAUCUGACAGCGAUAAUCAGGACGACAGCCCGAACACCGACGAACCACGCACUCAAGAUAAUACCGAUCAGUCGCGCUGUGACAGCGAAGACGUGAUCGCUCUAGAAAAUUAAACGCAAUUGCCACCGAUAAUAUAUAUUACGAAGUAAGUAAUAUAUAUUACGAAGCUUCCGAGUAUUCAAAAGUAUCUCAAAUAUUUCGAGAUUGAUUUCGAUCAGAUCUGCGUUAUUCGGAUUAUUCGAAUGUAAUACCGAAUAACAUGUUGCAAAAAUCGGCAAUCGCUUGGAUCUUCGAAAUAAUCUGAAUUUCAAACGUUGCAAUAUAUGUAACAAAUAUUCCAUCUGUUUUUGAAUUACUCGGAUAGCGUCAGAUUCGAAAUAAGUCUUUCGAAAUCUUCUUAUAUCUAUUUGCGCAUGCACUUUAGAAAAAUUGACAAUAACGCUUUGAAAAUGAAAUGUUUUAAACAAGAACGCUUUUUAUUCCUACUUAAUUUUUGUGUAUAAUAAAUAAACAAUUAAAAGUUUCAGUUUUUUUAAAUUUUGCUCGUAAGAAAGUAAAUGUGAAGAAUAAGCUAAAAUAUUUAAAUAAAGUAGAGCAUUGAGAAGCAAAUUAAAUAAUAUUGAAGAAGUUUCGAAGGA